GUUAUCUGACCGCUUACUUUGAUGAAAAGAACCCAUUUUAGCGAGUUGUGCAUUUUGAGGUUUUCCACGUACAUAAGAGAAGCUGUUUAGGUGUCGUCGAUUCCGUGGCUAUAAUUUGUUUUACAUCACUCGCUUUCAAAUGGAUUGAAUCUACGUAUAGCUGCAAACGCUAAUCACUCGUAUUCAAACUUUACUAGAACAAACUUCCGUUCAUCGAAAAUUUAAUAAACUUGACAUGACACAUUGUUGAACACGGUAACUGAAAAUAACAAAAUUACAAACACGCGAAUUAGCAUAAAACAACUUACAACGUAUGAGUGAAAGUACUGGAAAACGACAAAGCGAAAUAAACAAGGACACUUACAAGACGAAUGUGACCAAACCAAAAGACGAAAAAAUGAAACCCAAAGCACGAUAUGUGCCGAUAUGUUACGCAAACUAGACAACUAACCAAAUAAAUUACGCGCGAACGGAAUAUGUACAAUAUGCAAAUAAAUAUAACAAUUACAAAACUGGCAACUGACAAAGGACACUUAUGAAGACAAGAAACAAAACACUUAACACCAAACUAUGAAAAAACAACAAAAACAUAAUAAUACAAAUUCUUGCGCCUAUACUAUGUCCUCUGAUUCUACGUUCUUUGAAAUUUCUGUUACAUAUACCUCUCUAGUUUUUGCUUACUCUAGUUUCUUUAGCUUUGUUGUAAGUCUCUUGAUGCGGCUGUGGUGAAAUUUCACCAGCGCUCCAAUAGGGUCACGUUCUGCUUUCUUUCGGAUCGAGCUCAGACUGAUAUCUGAUUGAAAAACCUUCAUCGAUCGCGAUGUUCGCCCUUGCGUUGUAACUUAGGAUUUUUGGGCAUGUGACCUUCUCAAGACGAGCUUUGAAGAAUCUGAUAGAGUUGUUUCUUAGAAGUGUCAAGGAUGCAACGUACAUAAGAAGGCCUUUCUUAUGUACGUGGAAAACCUCGAAAGGGACAACUCGCUAAAAGGGGUUCUUUUCAUCAAAGUAAGCGGUCAGAUAACAAGCGAUACGCUGUGGAAGUAAGAAAAAAAAAUGCAGAAAACAGUGAAGAGCAAAGUUACUAUCCAGUUAGUAUAAAAACAGCACUGCUCAGAGACGUGAUAGAUACUCGAUGUAUCGGAGACUCGUAAUCAUACCAAUCCAUGCCAUUAAAUUGUCGAAAGUAAAACUGCAGUCUUGAUGACGAGCCUUCUUUGAUGGGAGAUUAAUAGAUUAUGAGUCAGUUUACGAUAAUUGGUUUGGUUUGCAUGACCGAAAAGAUAAUAUCGUUGUCGUACAACGCGUUCCGUUCACGAAGGGCAACGUUGCGUGACGCCCAUGUACUAUUUGGUUUUCACAUGCUGACUGACAGAAGCACAAACUCAGACGCAAUCAAGAAGAAUAUCGCUAAAUUGGAAAUACAGUAUUUGCCUAUGCAUUCUUGCUAAAAAUAUCGCUGAUGGCUUUGAUUAAAAGUUGCACUGGUAAAAUUUCCGCACAGCCCCAUACUAUUUUUAAACAAAUCUGUUUUCCCAAUGGCAAUGUAUUGUUUUUUUCGUUGUUUUCUCUAUCCAAGAACUGAAUUCAUAAUGUGUUCGGAACUUUUACCGUUGCACUUGCCGACCACUGCAGCCGUGUGCGCUUUGAACAUACAUCUCUCAGAAAGUUCCUGCCAAAGAAAGUGCUAGCCCCGACAACAGGUAAACUCCUACAAUGUGGUUUUAUCAGCUGAGCUGAUCAUUGAAUAAGAAUAGCGUCCAUUGUGUUAUACCUCGAUCCUUCAAAGCCUCCCGCCACACGUAAGUGAGGCGGAGCAAAGUGGCCGGGUAUUCUGCAGUUUGGCCGCCAGAGGGUUUCUAAAGUUUACAUUUUGAGCGUUAACCCUUUGUCAGAGCAGGCAAGGAAAUAGGAAUAGAUCUCUCCUGGCCCUCCUCGAUGCUGUUAAGAUAGGAGUGUGCUCUCAAGGAACAAGCCAAUACAGUUUAUUUCAGCCACGUACUGAGGAGAGGAAGACGUCGUUCUCGCAUCAUGUCCUUAACCGUGUCACCUUUUCUUUUGAUAUCCAUUCUGGAUGUAGCCGCAGUCUUUUUCAACGGACGUCUAUUACUAAGCUGCUUUAAAGACAAAACAAAGCAGAAGUUUAUUCAAAAGUGCCGGAUAUUAGCAAGUCUUCAGGCCGCUGGCCAAGUUUCAAUUCUUGGCGCAGAUACCGCAGAGUGGUGGAAAGGUUUCCGCAUUCAACCUACAGAGUCCUGUAAUGUUUUAAGAGUUCUUUCCCUUUCAAUGAUGUUUUUCCAAACUUGUAACCUGACGGCAAUCAUAACAGUGUACUAUGAACAUCCCGUAGGACACGAAAAACGGAGAUCAUUUUCUUACCUUUUGGUAUACGCAGUGCUUCUUCUGGGAUUCAUCGGUUCCGCAAUUUUCUUAUGGCACGGUUGCUUCUCACAAACGUCUAUUUCUCAAGCCGUCGUAGAAGUUGAAUUGAUUUUAACCAUGUUUCUUAUCUUCUACCUGCUUUCCGUAGCCUUGGAUAAAAACGAUGCUGAAUACAACAAGGAAGUCACCUCAUUAAAAUCAGACGCCUCGACGAAGUCGCGUUUUUCGUCAUGGCUGUGGAAAGCCUGGAAAGAAAGCAAGAAGUCCUUAUUCUUCACCGUUUUGUUUACGGUAUGUUUGGUGCUCAUUUUCAGCGAAGUGGCCCGCGCUCGUUUCGAAACAGCUUUGUGGGAUCGGGAUUUGAAAAGAGAAACGUCGUUCGACGGAAUUGUUUAUCUACUGAUUAUAAAAUUCUGUGUGGGAACAGUUUUACCGGUAACCCUGUAUGAUUUGAUCGAUUCAAACUAUGCCGGAAAGAAAGACAAAGCCACCAUAUCAAUUGUGCCUGCAUCAAUUUAAAAGGUAACUUCGCCAUUAGUUACAGAAACUGAAGUAGACCAUCGCUUAAUAGCCAGAUAGAUUCACUCGAUCUUUAUUUAGGAGUUUUUCUUUUUUUGGAAAGUAAAGAAACACACGGCCUCUUAUUUACAUUUCAUUGACUCUCAGUAUGUCAUGAUAUUCUUCGUUACUUCUAUUUCCUCAAAGAAUGGCGAUAGGGUUGACGUCAGAGGCACUAUAUUCGAUAGUUUUUGGAAAGUAGAAAUUUGAGUGAAGAUAUCAUUUGGGCUAACAUCUGGGUAAUUAGAUUAUAAAAAGGGAAAUCGUCGAUUUGUAAUACUAAUAGUGCUAAGUUUAGAAUUUCUUUGAAAAUAUUGUUGCCAAUGUUGUUAGAUCCACGGUGACUAAUAUUGUUAUUAUUGUCCAACUGUACUAAAAAAAGAGCGAGUCGAGAACAAAUAUCGUACGAUAUUGCACAGUUGCUAUUAAUUCCCCCUUGUUAGAAAUGCGCAUAAAAUCAAGAGUUGGAUAAUAAAUAACUAGCUCAUCAAUCGUUUAUGUGUGUAGUAUUGCUGAGUAUUUUUACUCGUUGUUUAUAUUUUGACUCACCUUACGGGCUCGUCAAAAGUAAUACGGUACAACUCUUAAAAAUAUUCAGUGAUACCACGCGUUAAAACGACUUAUAAGAUAUAUCACUCUGCGGAACCACGUGAUAAGUCUGUGAAUGUCGUUUCAGUCUUUCUCUUUCUUUGAUAAGAAUAUUGAUUGAUUUUUUCUUUAUAAUAUUGCCUGUUGCAAAUUCGUAAUUCGUCAUAAUAUAUAUUUCAAUACUCUCUUAGGCUUCCGUGACAAUCGUUUCCUUUUCCUUUUCGCGGGAAAAACGUGAGCUGAGUAGCAGUAGCACACAAGGAUCAGUCGAAAGAGAAAAAAUCUUCCGAAGCGGGUAGGAAGUGAAGGAUAAUAUGCUGAACAUUAUUUGCAGAAAGGCAUUCCAGUCCCAUGUCGCAGAUAUCACUAGUUCAAACGCUCAAGACGAUUCCUGAAGUCACAUUUUUCUAUACAAAAAGAAAAAUAUAUAUUUUAAUUCUGAGAUUCACUUUCCAAGUGGUGAGCCAUUAGAGACGCGACGUCAAUUACAACCAUUAAAAAGCAAAGUUAGGUAGGAGAUCUUUAUUCACAUGAAAUUUACAAAUCAUGUUUUACUUAUCUGUCCUUCGCAACAAUCUUGAACUUCCAUUUGGCAGGAACCUUCGUGAAAGUAAAAAUUCUGCUGAACUGUUUCAAGUGAAGGCAAAACAAGGACUAACAAGCCAGUUGGUGUUUAAAGGGGUCUUGGUUUUUGCGGCUAACAGUUAAUUUUCGGUUAAUUUAAGGCUAACGGUUAAUAUCUUUCCAUUGUAAUACCCAGAAAAAGUUUUUUUAUCGUUAAUUGUUUCUAAGACUAAAGGUUAAAAUUUGUCUAUAUUUUCGCUUAAUUGUGAACUGUUUUUGCUUGCAUCCGGAAGUCUGAAAGACGCAAAAAAAUAAAGACUACUCUUUUGAAUGACGUGGGACUUUUCAAAAACGCUUAAUACGAAAAAGUGAGUCGGAACGAUGUAAUAAACCAUUCUUUUAUACAA